AUCCAGUCCGUGGGUCCUGUCCCAUCCAUCCUGACCUGUUCCAUCUCAGCCCCAGGACUCAGUGCUGCGGUUGCCAACACUGCUGCCAGGCAUGAUGGAUGGGCCACGUUCUGAUGUGGGCCGUUGGGGUGGCAACCCCUUGCAGCCCCCCACCACGCCGUCUCCAGAGCCAGAGCCAGAGCCAGACAGACGCUCUCGCAGAGGAGGAGGAGGCCGUUCCUUCUGGGCUCGCUGCUGUGGCUGCUGUUCAUGCCGAAAUGCGGCAGAUGACGACUGGGGACCUGAACCCUCUGACUCCAGGGGUCGAGGGUCCAGCUCUGGCACUCGAAGACCUGGCUCCCGGGGCUCAGACUCCCGCCGGCCUGUAUCCCGGGGCAGCGGUGUCAAUGCAGCUGGAGAUGGCACCAUCCAAGAGGGCAUGCUAGUAGUGAACGGUGUGGACUUGCUGAGCUCGCGCUCGGACCAGAACCGCCGAGAGCACCACACAGACGAGUAUGAGUACGACGAGCUGAUAGUGCGCCGCGGGCAGCCUUUCCACAUGCUUCUCCUUCUGUCCCGGACCUAUGAAUCCUCUGAUCGCAUCACCCUUGAGUUACUCAUCGGAAACAACCCCGAGGUGGGCAAGGGCACGCACGUGAUCAUCCCAGUGGGCAAGGGGGGCAGUGGAGGCUGGAAAGCCCAGGUGGUCAAGGCCAGUGGGCAGAAUCUGAACCUGCGGGUCCACACUUCCCCCAACGCCAUCAUCGGCAAGUUUCAGUUCACAGUCCGCACACAAUCAGAUGCUGGGGAGUUCCAGUUGCCCUUUGACCCCCGCAAUGAGAUCUACAUCCUCUUCAACCCCUGGUGCCCAGAGGACAUUGUGUACGUGGACCAUGAGGAUUGGCGGCAGGAGUAUGUGCUUAAUGAGUCUGGGAGAAUUUACUAUGGGACCGAAGCACAGAUUGGCGAGCGGACCUGGAACUACGGCCAGUUUGACCACGGGGUGCUGGAUGCCUGCCUAUACAUCCUGGACCGGCGGGGGAUGCCAUAUGGAGGCCGUGGAGACCCAGUCAGUGUCUCCCGGGUCAUCUCUGCCAUGGUGAACUCCCUGGAUGACAAUGGAGUCCUGAUUGGGAACUGGUCUGGUGAUUACUCCCGAGGCACCAACCCAUCAGCGUGGGUGGGCAGCGUCGAGAUCCUGCUUAGCUACCUACGCACCGGCUAUUCCGUCCCCUAUGGCCAGUGCUGGGUCUUUGCUGGCGUGACCACUACAGUGCUGCGCUGCCUGGGUCUGGCCACCCGUACUGUCACCAACUUCAACUCCGCCCAUGACACAGACACAUCCCUUACCAUGGACAUCUACUUUGAUGAGAACAUGAAGCCCCUGGAGCACCUGAACCAUGAUUCUGUCUGGAACUUCCAUGUGUGGAAUGACUGCUGGAUGAAGAGGCCGGAUCUGCCCUCGGGCUUUGACGGGUGGCAGGUGGUAGACGCCACGCCCCAGGAGACUAGCAGUGGCAUCUUCUGCUGCGGCCCCUGCUCCGUGGAGUCCAUCAAGAAUGGCCUGGUCUACAUGAAGUACGACACGCCUUUCAUUUUUGCUGAGGUGAAUAGUGACAAGGUGUACUGGCAGCGGCAGGACGAUGGCAGCUUCAAGAUUGUGUAUGUGGAGGAGAAGGCCAUCGGCACACUCAUUGUCACAAAGGCCAUCGGCUCCAACAUGCGGGAGGACAUCACCUACCUCUAUAAGCACCCAGAAGGCUCAGACGCGGAGCGGAAGGCAGUAGAGACAGCAGCAGCCCACGGCAGCAAACCCAAUGUGUAUGCCAACCGGGGCUCUGCGGAGGAUGUGGCCAUGCAGGUGGAGGCACAGGACGCGGUGAUGGGGCAGGAUCUGAUGGUCUCUGUGAUGCUGACCAAUCACAGCAGCAGCCGCCGCACAGUGAAACUGCACCUCUACCUCUCAGUCACCUUCUAUACUGGUGUCAGUGGGACCAUCUUCAAGGAGACCAAGAAGGAAGUGGAGCUGGCACCAGGGGCCUCGGACCGUGUGACCAUGCCAGUGGCCUACGAGGAAUACCGGCCCCAUCUUGUGGACCAGGGGGCCAUGCUGCUCAAUGUCUCCGGUCACGUCAAGGAGAGCGGGCAGGUGCUGGCCAAGCAGCACACCUUCCGUCUGCGCACCCCAGACCUCUCCCUCACGUUACUGGGAGCAGCAGUGGUUGGCCAGGAGUGUGAAGUACAGAUUGUCUUCAAGAACCCCCUUCCCGUCACCCUCACCAAUGUCGUCUUCCGGCUCGAGGGCUCUGGGUUACAGAGGCCCAAGAUUCUCAACGUUGGGGACAUUGGAGGCAAUGAAACAGUGACACUGCGCCAGACGUUUGUGCCCGUGCGACCAGGCCCCCGCCAGCUCAUUGCCAGCUUAGACAGCCCACAGCUCUCCCAGGUGCAUGGUGUCAUCCAGGUGGAUGUGGCCCCAGCCCCUGGGGAUGGGGGCUUCUUUUCAGACGCUGGAGGUGACAGUCACUUGGGAGAGACCAUCCCUAUGGCAUCUCGAGGUGGAGCUUAGCCCUGUGCCAGGAGCAAUGGGACUGGAGUCAGAAGAGCAAGGACAUUGCCCCAAGAUAGGGGCACACUACAGAGCAGCUCCCCAGGAGCUCAGGUGGGGAGUCCAGGCCUCCCAGAGAGGGAGUCAGUCUUCACUUGCACUGGGGGCACAGAUGCUAAUAAACUGUUUUUUAAUGAA